UUUCUUCCGUGGUGAGGAAUACUGGUUGGUUUUUCUACUUGAUAAUUUUAGAGUUCAAAUAAACACCAGUAAGUUGAUAUUGGAAAUUUCUAACAAGAAAGCUUUAAUUUUCCUCAGCUGUCUGUAGAGAAAUGUGUGCAUUCAUGCUGGUGCUGUUUAUGCAGGAGAGAUCAAGCCAUGGCUGGUUUGCUCUUAACAGAAACACUUGGCCACGGAGCCUCCUUUGCCAGUUGGUACCCACCCCAUGCACUCCAAUGCACUGCCCUAAAUAAGGUGUUUUAUUUCUCCCCUCAACCUAAAGUCCACAUGGAAACCUUGUAAGUUUCUCUUUUUAGACUUACUUUCCUUUUUUUCUACUUGUUUUUGUGUGGAAAAUCCCAGUAAAGGUAAUGGUAAAUGUCCUGCCAUUCUCAUGACCAUGGACAAUCAGUAUGCUAGGGCCUAACUUACACGGUAGCCUUGCAUGAUGUUUAGCUGGUGUCUGAGAGAACAAUUUUUGUUUAGGCUGAUAACCUUUGCUUUAAUAUCUUCUCUUUUUAGCAUAUAAGGUGUAUGGUUCAUAAGUGCUUUCUGGUUCUUUUAGUGGUAUGAUCUAAUUUCUGCAAGCUAAUUUUGGACUGCUCUGCACUGUGUUACAAGUACACAAAAGCGUGUUAAUUUCGAGCUUGGCUGGGAAGCAGGAAAGGAACGGCUUCUUGACUGCUAAAUGAAAAUGCAGAAAUGCAAGCAGGGAAAAUGUGCAAUAAUUUGUCAAACUUUGAGGACCUCACUUGGCUCCUGAGAAUUUGUAGAUAAUGGAUCAGUGGGGAGGAUACACUGUUCAUAAUACUGAAAUACUCUGGUUUCUGUGAAGGUAAGGUGGUGGCAUGUGUAGAUUGUGUGCUCAGAUGACUGCCUUGUCACCUUCUGUGACAAACAGGUCCCUUUUCUAUAGCAAGAGUCAUUUGGAUCCGUAGGGAUGGGCAGAAUAGGGGCUCCAAAAAGCAAAGCAAUUCCUGUAGAAAAAUCUGAAAUUUAAGACUUAACUGCUUGUGUCAUUUUCAGAACAUAAAGAACUGACAUUGGAGGUGUUUAUGUAUUCAUUACAUGAUGGGAAACCAUGAAGUAUUCAUCAUCAUAUCAGCUCCAAAAUACUAAUGAAACUUCUGUGACAAUCAGCUGGAGUGUUCCCCUUUCUAUACACCUCAUCCUUUCGUCAUUCUUUGUUGCUGCAAAUGUGAUUUGAAGCAAACCUGGGUUUCCUGUGCUGUGAACUGUCCUGAGCCCCUGAGGCAGGCAGGGACAGAGUGGCAGAGGCUGGUGGGAGGAGGUGGUGCCUGAGCAGUCAGGAUCCGAGGAGGAUGCUGGCAUUGCCUGCCAAAGGUGACUCCUGGAACACUUGGAGACUUUGACAGCAGUUCUGAGACCACCCAUGGCUCCCAGGCCAGCUCUAGUUUCAAGGAUUCCUGCUGAUGCUUUUCCUGAGGGAAGCCAUGCCCUACCACAGAGUCCUUCGCCUGGUCGUGCUAACGCUGUGCAGCAUUCUGGUCCCAGCUGUGCUGGCAGCAGAGUACCCGCAGGACCCGGUCCCCACCCUCUGGAACGAGCCGCCCGAGCUGCCCUCUGGAGCCGGUCCCUUCGACGCUGCCGCCGCCACCACCGCGCGGCUGUCGGACGCCACUGCCUUCCCCCCGUACACCUCUGAGCUGGAGCCCGAGGACACCACCCACCUGCACCGCCUGGACACGGGGGACGGCUCACUGGGGCCUGGAGCUAUUGGUGCCAUUGUCAUCGCCUCCCUCCUGGGUACAUCUGUGCUUGUGGCCUUGGUUGUCAUCACACUGAGAAAGUUCUCGGCCUCCUGAACUCAAUAAAACAUUUUUCUGUUACACAA